AUGGCUUCACUCAAUUCAAUUCCGAAUUCCACCACCACCACCAUUUUGUUUAUUAUAAUUCUACUGCACCUUCUGCUGUGUUCAGUUUCUUGCUUCAGACAACUACAACCUGCAACUCCUCCACAGGAACUGUUAUUUGAUGAGAAAAACAGACUAGGUUCGAUUCCUCCUACUUGCCACAACAAGUGCAACCAGUGUCAUCCAUGCAUGGCAGUGCAAUUUCCAACAUUGCCUAGCAAUAAGCCAGGUCUCACCCCAGCAACUGCAAAGAAAAGUUUUUUCUCUCUCCAAGGUAACAGGUACUCCAAUUACAAGCCACUGAGUUGGAAAUGCCAUUGUGGUGACUACUUUUUCAACCCUUAG